ACUAUUUAAAGACCAUUUUUCCAAUAUCAACAAAUUUAGGAAUAAACAUAAUAUUGCUGAAGUUGGAUUCUAAGUCUAGGUAAUAAAUUCAAGACAAGAAAACAAAGCAGGACAAACAGAUAUCUCAGAUUCCAAGAAAGGCUCAAGUCAAUACUCAACCAAGCAAAUAGCUAUGGCAUCAUCAGUCAAGAAGAAAACUAAGUGCUGCGAUGUCCUGAAGAUGUUCAUGGUGGCUCUAACAUUCAGCUUUACUUGCAAAGCACUAUCAGGAGUUAUCAUGAAAAGUUCCAUCACUCAGAUAGAAAGAAGAUUUGGUAUAACAACAUCUGAAGCUGGUUUCAUUGACGGAAGCUUUGAAAUAGGCAAUUUACUGGUGAUUACACUGGUAAGUCAUUUUGGAGCCAAAUCACACAUACCAAGAUUAAUUGGAAUUGGGUGUUUCAUUAUGGGAAUUGGAAGUUUUUUAACUGCUUUACCUCACUUUUUCAUGGGACCUUACAGGUAUGACUCGAUAAUAAAUGCUAACCCACUUGACAAUUCGACAGUAACCUACACUCCUUGCUCAACUGAUGUCAAUUCAGCUGGCAACAACAGAUCAUCCUUAUUAUUAGAGUCAGGUUGCAAAAGUGAGUCUCAUUCAUUCAUGUGGAUAUAUGUCUUCGUUGGAAACCUGUUACGUGGGAUUGGGGAAAGUCCGAUUGGACCCCUGGGACUCACAUACAUUGAUAAUUUUGCUAAAGAAGGACAUUCUACUUUUUAUAUGGGCAUUUUGCAUUCAAUUUCAAUGAUUGGCCCAACAAUAGGAUAUCUGUUGGGAUCUUUAUGUGCAAAACUGUAUGUGGACUUUGGAUCUGUAGACCUAAGUUCUAUAACAAUUAACCCAAAUGAUUCCCGUUGGGUUGGUGCUUGGUGGCUUGGCUUUCUUGUAGCAGGAUCCCUUAAUAUUGCUUCUGGGAUACCAUUCUUUUACUUUCCUAAAAAUCUGAAGAAAGCAAGAAAGCAAAGUACAGGUCCAACACCUUUGGAUGCACCCAGUACCAAGGAAAAUGGAGGCCAGAAGUUAAAUUUUAAAGAUUCUGAGCAAACAAAGCGUAAUGGCUUGGCAGGUUUUUUCUACUCUUUGAAAUGUAUCAUUACUAACAAGGUGUACAUUUUGUUCUUGAUUUCAACAUUGAUGACUGUUAGUAGUUUUAUUGGAAGCAUUACCUAUAUUCCAAAAUAUUUAGAACUGGAGUAUGGCAUGUCCAUGGCUAAAUCUAACUUUCUUCUGGGAACAACAACAAUGCCUUUUGUUGCUAUUUCACUUUUACUAGGAGGAUAUAUUUCUAAAAAAUUAAAAUUGAGUGUGAUGGGAAUUGCCAAACUAUUUUUUAUUACCAACAUUGGCAGCUCAACUUUCCUAGCAUUUCUGUGGUUUUUAAAUUGUGGAAAACAGCCAAUAGCUGGCUUAACAGUAACCUACACGGGAAAUGACCCAGGGACAACUGAAAACAUCCCAUUUUCUUUCUGCAACUCAGACUGUAAUUGUGAUGCCAAUGUGUGGGAUCCUGUCUGUGGAGAUGAUGGACUCACUUACAUGUCCCCCUGUUUGGCUGGUUGUAAAUAUUCAGUAGGCCACGGAAAGGACUUGGUGUUCCGUAACUGUAGUUGUGUUGAAGCCAACAAUUUCCAGUCUGGGAAUUCCUCAGCUUAUUUGGGCAAAUGUCCAAAGACAGAUGAUUGUUCAAGAAAUUUUAUUUAUUAUAUGAUACUAUCUUCUUUGUCUUCCUUUAUCAUCGGACUAGGAGGUACCUCUGCUAUAGUUUUGAUUUUUAAGUUUGUUGAGCCUGAACGGAAAUCACUGGCAAUGGGUUUUAAUUCAGUGGUUAUACGAACACUAGGAGGAAUUUUAGCUCCUAUUUAUUAUGGAGCAGCAAUAGAUGUAACAUGCCUAAAAUGGGACACCGAUAAUUGUGGGGAUCAAGGAGCUUGUAGAAUGUAUGACCCUGCUUCAUUCAGAAACAGAUUCUUUGGCUUGACUGGGGGACUAAGAGCAUCAGGGAUUAUCUGUUAUAUCUUCUUAUUCAUUGCUAUGAAGAAAAAAUAUCAAGAAAACAAGACCGGACUUUCUAAUAAUGGAGGAAUAGAUAUGGAUCAAUCAAACCUUAAAGAGCCUUUAAAAAAUAACUUGGUAUCCUCCCCUCAUGCAGAUGGUGAAACCCACAUUUAGCUUGAACAAUUACUUCUCCAUAACCAAAGCGCCUUUGCUUCCUUCUUUAAUGAGAUCCAGAUACACCAAGAACCAAAAUGUCAGCUAGUGGAAGACCCUCCAUUCAGUUAUCAUGUUCUUUUUGAGGCAAAUCUGAGGGGUAUUAUUAAACAGCUAUUGUUUUUCACUAAGAA